ACGACGCGAUCGAGGCAGCUGAUGAGGACCCUGGAUUUUUAGAAAGGGGAGAAAUAGACGAUAGGCCUAGCUUAGAAGUAGUAGUUGGUACAGCGUUAUAUAGUAGGCCAAUCAAUUGGAAACUGAUGUUAUCAUGUUUGUGGUAACACCUCUGACACAGACUACGUGCUACAUAUGUAGAACUACCUCAAGGCUUACGUGUUUAAAGUGUAGGCCUAGGCCUACAAGAAGUAGGCGUAAGUACACUGCCACAACAACAGGGACGAGGGAUCGACACGCAGUAUCCUGUUGUACAGUCAGAAAUCUAGGCCUAGGUCCAGGCCUACGCUUUCAUACAACACGCAUGAGCUCAACAGGUGUACCUGAAUAUGAUGUGUGCAUCAUUGGUGGUGGAAUCGUUGGCUUGGCAACAGCUCAGGAACUUAUUCUAAGACAUCCCAACUUAAAAUUUGCUGUUUUAGAAAAAGAAAAUGAAUUAGCUCUCCAUCAGACAGGACAUAAUAGUGGUGUCAUUCAUGCGGGUAUAUACUAUGCACCUGGAUCAUUGAAAGCUAAGCUUUGCGUAGAGGGCCUCAAACUCGUAUACGAGUACUGUGACAAGCACAACAUAAACUAUGAAAGAGUUGGAAAGUUGAUUGUUGCUGUUGACAAAAGCGAAGUACCAAGGUUAGAAGAGUUAUAUCAAAGAGGCCUUGUGAAUAAUGUAGAGGGCCUAUCACUGAUAGGGCCAGAUGAAAUACGAGAAAGGGAGCCAUAUUGUAAGGUUCCUGAUCCCAGAUUUCCAUUUCUUGGGGUGCAUUUUACACCACGGAUUGAUGGCAGUCUCUGGCUCGGACCCAAUGCCGUGCUUGCUUUCAAGCGUGAAGGGUACAGAUUAACUGAUUUUAAUAUCAGCGAUACCAUUAAUGCUCUGAGUUAUAGAGGUUUAAGGAAACUUGCAUAUAAACAUUUGAUAUUUGGAAUGAAAGAGAUGUACAGGGGGUUUGUGAAAUCGGCACAAGUGAAGCAGCUUCAACGAUAUAUACCAGACCUGAAACCUGAAGAUGUUACCAGAGGUCCAUCGGGUGUACGAGCAAUGGCACUCGGUCCUGAUGGCAGCCUUGUGGACGACUUUGUAUUUGAUAUGGGAUCUGGAGACAUCGGACGGAGGAUACUACACGUACGAAAUGCACCCUCACCAGCAGCCACAUCAUCCUUAUCAAUUGCAAAAAUGGUUGCAGAUAAAGUACAAGAUUCAUUUAGUUUAUAGGUGUAAAGUUUAUAUUUUAAACAUUAUAUAAUAAUAAUAAUAAUAAUAAUAAUAAUAAUAAUAGUGUAUUUUUAUAUAGCACUCAUAUCCAUUUAAUGUAAGUUGCUCAGGGCGCUUGAUAUGUGG